AUGCAAACGCGCGGCGAUGAACGCCGCAGUGGCGACAUGGAGCUCGGUCGAAGGCCGUCUGAUGGUUUGGUGACACCUGACCCCCACCCCCGCCACAGCAGCAUGGACUUGGACGAUCAAAGUCGACCACGAGAAAGCAGUUGGCUGUAUCGAUCCACUCAAGAUGCCGAGAGCCUGGCGAACCUCGAUGGGGUUGACUGGGCGGAAUUACGCGCCAGUGACGGCGAUACUGUAGCGCCGAUCCUGCCAUCCACGAGUCGAAGCCUGUGCGUUGUAUCUGCCGCCACCAUCCACGACUGCACUUUACCCAAACUAAAGAAGCAACCGUCCAACAGCAACCUGAUAGACACGAUCAUGGCCAAGUCCAGCAAAGGGGCGAUGACCAAACAAAAGCAAAAACAUGGGCAGCAGUGGACAACGUGCGUGACUCCAGUCACAAUCAAGGAGUCUCAUCCACAGGCUGCUCUUGGCCCUUUGAUCCCUGUGGUAUGGGUCCUCGGAAGCGUUGCCUCCGUCUCGUCCACUCUCGUCGGCGCGGCACUUUAUCAUUCAGACGUGUUGCGAUCGGGAUUGUCGCUCGAGUCCUUUCCCCGCGCGACGCUCAUCCUCGUGGUUCACAUUGCCCUUGGCGUGUCGUCGUUUGUUGGAGGAGUCGUGGGGGAUCGAGCCAUCCAUCGCAUGCACGUCGUACGUGGAAGUGUGUGGCUGUGGUGCAUCGGCGCGGUCAUCUUGGCCGUGGGGGGGCACCCCUUCGUGGCCUCUCGAGGGCUUUACGUAACCGGCCUCAUCUUGGCGUUUGUCGCGGCUGGUGGACUCAUGCCCAACCUCGUCGCCACAGUCUCUCUUGGUCCAAUAUUCCUCCAAUGCGCUCUCGUUCAACUAGCCGGCACAUCCCUCACCCACGGCCUCUUUACUCCUUUCCCCUCUGCCUCUACUAUGGCGUACAUCCUCGUUGCCCUUUUGACUCUACUAUCGACGGCAACACUGGUCGGGAUGCACUUGGCUACGUACCGUCGAUGGCUUGGUCCUGCUCCUGCCCCUGUGGCCAGCUUGGGAGUGUAUGUCUCCAGAAUCUCGCUGCUCUGGAGGGGGUACUUUGCAGGUGUCCUGUGUAUGAUCGUGGGGGGUGCUGUUUGCGCCAUGAGUCUCGUUUGCGUCCACGACGACUCGCGUUUAUAUGGAAGUCAGUUUGCCGUGGCUACUGCGGGUGUCAUCCUCGUCGUCGUGGGGUGGCUCUGGACGUUGUUCUGGGGAGUCGCUAUGGUGCAUCCUUCAGGGGCGCUGCGGGCAUGGGCAGCUCCGUCAUCUCUAGUUUCGCCCCCCACUUCUCCCGUUGAACCCACAAACAGUAUCAUGAGUCCUCCCGAUCUAUCGGACUCAAUUCCCCCUAUGGGGGGUCAAAUGGACUGCUUGGCCCCCAUCCUGGCGAUGGCUGUGUUUUCCUCGUUUGUGCGGGGCCAGCUGUACACGAUGUACAUCCUCCAAGCCUGCCAAUGCUCCCUUCGACUCGUAGGGGGGAUCACAUACACCCCAGAAUACACAGCCGUGAUAGUCCAUGUCGUGGCACUAGCGGUUGCACCAGGAGUUCCCCGAAUGUUGCCAAGAUUGCCACCUCGUCUUGGCUUGGCCAUGCUGUUGUACCUCAUCGCAUCCUUCCUGUCGGGGAUAGUGGAGCUGUAUCGACGAAGCAGUAGUCGCAUCGGCGGCCACGACUUGGAACUUGUCGACAGAACCGGACCAACAUGCUACAAGAAUCCAAGCGUAUUCAGCAUCCUAUGGACCACGCCCCAACUAGCGCUCGUGGGAAUCUCGGAAGGAAUAUUUCAAUCCACAGUGGGGUAUGUGGUGCACCAGGCGUGGCCUCCGAUGUUCCGCGGGCUUGGACACGGUCUUUUGGCCUUGUGUCAUGGCGUGGGGUAUUCCACGGCGCUAGGGAUUUCGAUGGUCGUGGCAAGAUGGUUCACGGCACCUGCGCCAGCAGACCUCGUGCUUGUGUUCCUACUCGUGACGUCCAUGGGCUGCGCUGUGAUCGCGUGCAUGAAGCGGCUGCUCGUUCUCGACGAACGACAUCGAAUAUGGCCCGAUUUAUUGCCAUCAACUUGA